AUGGCGUCCCUCCUCGCAUCGCCAGCCACACUGGCUGGGCCUCGAACCGCAGGUUCGUCUUUUCUCCAUAACCUUCCUGUGUCGUCCAUAUCCGUACUUUCGCACCUCCCCAGCAGGCUAACAGUUCGAUCCAAUCCUCCCUCUCCGCCCCUCCCCUCCUCCCGCCCUCCCCCUCCCCCCACUUCUCCCUUCCCCUCCCCGUCUCCUAACAGCAUUCGCCAAAGAUCAUCUCCCGCAUCGCCCAGCAGGCUAGCAGCCCGAUCCCCUUCCCUUCGUCUCCUCCCACUCAUCUGCGCUCCUCGCUAUUCCCGUCAUCCCCACCCAACCCCCCCUCAAAAACCCCCUCCCACUCCCUCCCCGAGCAGCUUUCGCCAAGGAGCAACUUCCCCAUCUCCCCAGCAGGCUAGCCACCCGAUCCAAUCAAUCCCCCCUCUUCCUCCCCCAACCAACCCCCCUUUCCCCUCCCCCUCGUCCCUCCUCGCAGCGUUCGCCAAGGAUCAUCUUCCGCAUUUCCCCAGCAGGCUAGCAGCCCGAUCCAAACCUCCCCUCCCCCCCCCCCUCUUCCCCACCUCCCCGUCCCCACUCCCCCCCCCUUCCCCUCCCCGUCCCUCAUUCGCCAAGGGCCAUCUCCCGCAUCUCCCCAGCAGGCUAGCAGCCCGAUCCCCGUCCCUUCGCCUCCGCCCAUUUCCGAGACCAGUAGCGGCUCAGGGUGGCAAGGCAGGAGAGGGCGGCCCACUGAGUUCGUCCACGUCGCCUCUGCCAGGAAGCAGCAGCAGCAGCAGUAGCAGUAACAGGCGUUUGUCAACAGUAGCCCAGGCAACGCAGCAGCAGAAAUCGUCUGGCUCUGCGGCAGCAGUCGAAGACAGCAAGAUCGACUUUGGCGACUUUUUCAAGGGCGAUUUACCCAAGAAAUUCCUCAUGCUCCUGGGUCUGCUCGCCCUAUCCCGCGUGGGAAUCUACAUUCCCCUGUGGGGGGUCGAUAUCUCGGCCUUCCAGGAGCAACUGGGGGAGGGCUCAUUCCUGGCCACCCUAGAUACCCUCUCAGGGGGCGGAAUCGGACGGCUGGGAUUGUUUUCGCUGGGCAUCGUGCCGUAUAUCAACGCUCAGAUCGUGUUUCAGCUGCUGGGGACGCUGUAUCCGAAGAUUGCAGAUCUGCAGAAGAAGGAGGGAGAGGCGGGGAGGAAGAAGGCACAGCAGUAUAUGAAGUAUAUGGCUGUGGCGUUUGGUGCUCUGCAGGCCAUAGGCCAAGUGGCCUACCUCCAGCAGUACGCCUAUGACCCCUCGGUCGCCUGGGCAGUCUCCGCUGUCUCGGGUCUCACCCUCGGAUCCGUGGCAGUCAUUCUUCUGGGAGACAAGAUCACAGACCUCAAGCUCGGCAACGGGACCUCUCUGCUCAUCUUCACGAAUAUUGUGUCUUACCUGCCGGCGUCCAUUGGACGGACGAUUACAGAGGCGUCUGAGCAGGGGAACGUUACCGGAGAGGCGCUGUUGCUCGCGUCGUUCCUGCUGCUCGUCUUCGGGAUCGUCUACGUGCAGGAGGCAGAGAGGCGCAUCCCCAUCAAUUAUGCGUCUCGGUACAACAUCAAGACGCGGAACGCUUACCUGCCAUUCAAGGUCAACUCAACAGGAGUCAUGCCAAUCAUCUUCUCCUCCUCUCUCCUUGCAGCUCCCUACUCCAUUGCUCGCUUCACCGGCAGCGCUGCCUUCCAGUCCGCUGCUACGGCUCUCUAUCCUGGAGGCCUCCUCUACCUACCUGCCAACGUGGCACUCAUCGCAUUCUUCAACUACUUCUACACCUUCCUGCAACUCGACCCUGCUGACGUCAGCGACCAGCUCAAGAGGCAGGGCGCCUCCGUGCCCAACACCCGCCCUGGCAAGGCAACAGCGGCGCUCAUUACCAAGGUCCUCACUCGCAUUUCGGUGCUCGGGUCGGCGUUUCUUGGCACGAUGGCAGCAGCGCCGGCUCUUGUGGAAGGAAUCACCCACCUCACGGCCUUCCGGGGGUUUGCUGGAACGUCCAUCCUCAUUUUAGUCGGCUGCGCUACGGAUACAGCCAGGAAGGUGCAGGCGGAACUGGUUUCGCAGAAGUAUAGGACGAUUGAGCUGGAUGAUAUCAGUGCGGGCGGCGGUGGGAUUCCGCCACCCAGCCUGAUCGUUGACGUGGUGUUCCAUCAUCUGGCUGCGUGCAAAAGUCAAGUCUGUGUUUCAAGUGGAUAA